AUGGCCCCGUCGCCUACCUGCGGCCCUACGGCCCCGUCGCCUACCUGCGGCCCUACGGCCCCGUCGCCUACCUGCGCCCCCGGCCCCGUCGCCUUCCUGCGGCCCCGGCCGCGUCGCCUAUCUGCGGCCCUACGGCCCCGUCGCCUACCUGCGGCCCUACGGCCCCGUCGCCUACCUGCGGCCCUACGGCCCCGUCGCCUACCUGCGGCCCUACGGCCCCGUCGCCUACCUGCGGCCCUACAGCCCAGUCGCCUACCUGCGGCCCUACGGCCCCGUCGCCUACCCGCGGCCCCGGCCCCGUCGCCUUCCUGCGGCCCCGGCCCCGUCGCCUACCUGCGGCCCUACAGCCCCGUCGCCUACCUGCGGCCCUAUGGCCCCGUCGCCUACCUGCGGCCCUACGGCCCCGUCGCCUACCUGCGGCCCUACGGCCCCGUCGCCUACCUGCGGCCCCGGCCCCGUCGCCUUCCUGCGGCCCCGGCCCCGUCGCCUAUCUGCGGCCCUACGGCCCCGUCGCCUACCUGCGGCCCUACGGCCCCGUCGCCUACCUGCGGCCCUACGGCCCCGUCGCCUACCUGCGCCCCCGGCCCCGUCGCCUUCCUGCGGCCCCGGCCGCGUCGCCUAUCUGCGGCCCUACGGCCCCGUCGCCUACCUGCGGCCCUACGGCCCCGUCGCCUACCUGCGGCCCUACGGCCCCGUCGCCUACCUGCGGCCCUACAGCCCAGUCGCCUACCUGCGGCCCUACGGCCCCGUCGCCUACCCGCGGCCCCGGCCCCGUCGCCUUCCUGCGGCCCCGGCCCCGUCGCCUACCUGCGGCCCUACAGCCCCGUCGCCUACCUGCGGCCCUAUGGCCCCGUCGCCUACCUGCGGCCCUACGGCCCCGUCGCCUACCUGCGGCCCUACGGCCCCGUCGCCUACCUGCGGCCCCGGCCCCGUCGCCUUCCUGCGGCCCCGGCCCCGUCGCCUAUCUGCGGCCCUACGGCCCCGUCGCCUACCUGCGGCCCUACGGCCCCGUCGCCUACCUGCGGCCCUACGGCCCCGUCGCCUACCUGCGGCCCUACGGCCCAGUCGCCUACCUGCGGCCCUACGGCCCCGUCGCCUACCUGCGGCCCUACGGCCCCGUCGCCUUCCUGCGGCCCCGGCCCCGUCGCCUACCUGCGGCCCUACGGCCCCGUCGCCUACCUGCGGCCCUACGGCCCCGUCGCCUACCUGCGGCCCUACGGCCCCGUCGCCUACCUGCACCCCCGGCCCCGUCGCCUUCCUUCGGCCCCGGCCCCGUCGCCUACCUGCGGCCCCGGCCCUGUUGCCUACCUGCGGCCCCGUCCCCUACCUGCGGCCCCGUCGCCUUACUACGGCCCCGGCCCAGUCGCCCACCUGCGGCCCCGGCCUCGUCACCUAACUGCGGCCCCGACCCCGUCGCCUCCUUGCGGCCCCAGCCCCGUCGCCACUUGCGGCCCCGUCGCCCACUUCGGCCCAGUCGUCACCUGCGGCCCCGCCACCUGCGGCCCCGUCGCCACCUGCGGCCCCGUCGCCCACUUCGGCCCCGAUGCCACAUGCGGCCCCGCCCACUUGUGGCCCCGACCCCGCCCCGGCCAUGCCCCGUCGCCAGCCGCGGCACACCGGGGGCACGUGCACCGCCCCCCCCCCCCUUUUCCCGUCACCCGUCGCGGCUCCUUCGGGGGCCGCACGCGGCCCCCUCAGCUGCCGCUGGGGGGGAGGGUGUGA